AUGGUUGUCAGGGAACAGAAAGUCGCCAUCACUGGACUCUACCAUCCUGAGACCUUACCAGAACAGAAAGUCGCCAUCACUGGACUCUACCAUCCUGUGACAUUAUCAGAACAGAAAGUCGCCAUCACUGGACUCUACCAUCCUGAGACCUUACCAGAACAGAAAGUCGCCAUCACUGGACUCUACCAUCCUGAGACUAAAAGACUAAAAUUGAAGGAGCUGGAAAUAGCAAGGGAGGAAGACAUAAAGGGCAGGGGUAGGGCACAGACUCCAAGAAUUAAGCUGACUGGACUGAGAAACAGUAGGGUCAAAACAGAUAUGGAGAAUUUGGGAGCCGAAGAGAAUUAUGGGAAGCUGAAAAGGGAGGUCCUAAAACACUUUGGUUUGACGGAGCAAGGAUACAGUGAAAAGUUUAAUAGCGCCCAACCAUCAGAACAAGAUAGAGCAGGGAGUUACAUUAGGAGGGUGCGACACUACUUGAGAAGAUGUGUCGAAGCCAGCAAGUGUGAAAAAACAUUUGACGGACUGUUUGACCUACUCUUAAAAGACAAAAUAGUGAGAACAGUUGGACAAGACGUAAGACAGCACGUCCUCAGGCAAAACCCGAGGACAAUAACAGACGUAGAAAAUGCUUGUGACAACUACUUUGACAUCUACCCAGACAGAAAACUAAAACCGAUCGACGUGGCAGAGGACACAUUUGUUGCCCCCAUGGCACUUGCAUCAGGAUCUAGGAAUCCCUUUAGAGAGGACAUGGACAAACGAACCCUAAGACCUAGAUCUAAGAGCCCCAUUAGAGAGGAAUGGGGCACAAGAAAUGAAGUCACCCUUCAACAGGAGCGAAGAGGACAAAGCCCGGUCCAACCUAGGCCGAGUAGUAAUAAUAGUCCCAGAAGACGCCCAAUCACAUGCUUUAACUGUGGGGCAGAGGGGCACAUAGCGGCGGGGUGCCGGUCCAAUCGUAGACAAAUUGCACAUGAGUACAGAGGGAAAAGGACCGCGGAUGGAGAUAAGAAAAGAGUACCAGGAGCUGUAGUCAACAUAGAAACACCAUACCUUACGGGAGAGUUCUUUGCCGUCCUUUUAGAUGAUCCACCAGCUGAACUUAUAAUAGGGAAUGUAGCAGGUGCGAAACUACCGAGGGAAGAUUCGCUAACAAUAGCGGCGGUAGAAACCAGAGGACAACUUAGAUCAGGGGGCAACCAGAGAAAUGGGCCGGGGUAUAAAAUUCUAGACCAAAUAACGACACCGAAAGAUUUUAAAACGCAACAGAGCGAAGACAGAACAUUGGCUAGGUGGUGGAAGCUCGCGGAAAAGGGCAAGCAAUGUAAAACGAUAGAUGGGUUAUUAUAUAAGAUCAUAAAACACAGCAAAACAGAAGAUCAGAUUAGGCUAGCAAUCCCAAGGGGACUUAGGCCCACCAUCCUGAAAUUAGGACACGAUACACCUAUGGCGGGGCACAUGGGUGUAGCAAGAACGAAAGCCAGAAUUCUGUCACAAUUUAGCUGGCCAGGGGCAGGGGAGGAUACCAGAUGUUACUGCGAAAGUUGUGAUGUUUGCCAGAAAAGCAAAAAGAAUGUUGGUGGCAAGGCGCCUCUGGGUAGAACUGAGGUAGUGGGACAGCCGUUUGAGAAAAUCGCAAUAGAUAUUGUGGGACCACUAACUCAAACGAAAAAAAAGAACAGAUUCAUACUCACAGCCGUAGACAUAUGCACACGGUGGCCGGAAGCCGUACCGCUGAAAAGUGUAACGGCAGCAGAGAUUCAAGAUGCGCUACUCUCCAUCUUCACGAGGAUGGGAUUCCCGGAAGUCAUACUCUCAGAUAACGGGACCCAGUUCACGUCGGAAAUUUUCUGCACCGUGUCUAAAAUGUUGGGGAUUAAGAUCAUUCACGCUUCUGCAUAUCACGCCAUGGCCAACGGGGCGGUAGAACGAUGGAAUGGAACUUUGAAGGAAAUGCUAAAGAAAGUAGCUAUAAACAAGGAUGACGAUUGGGACGUGUUCAUCCUAGCAGCACUUUUCGCCUACAGAGAAGUUCCAAACGAAAGCACUGGUUACCCGACAUUCGAACUUAUGUUCGGCAGGAAAGUGAGGGGCCCGAUGAGCAUCCUAAAGGAUGUCCUCACAGGAGAAGUGAGGGAAUAUAAGACAAGAGCUGCGUAUGACUACCUGCUGGACCUUAAGCAUCAGUUGCAAACGGCAUGCAGUUAUGCAACCCGCAAAUCAGAACAUGAGAAAGAUAAAGCAAAGAGCAAAGAUAGAUCAGCCACAACCAAAGAUAUCAAAGUGGGGGAUCUUGUGCUGAUAUUGAAGCCCCAACUAUUAAACAAACUAGAGCUAAGGUGGGCGGGACCUUACGAAGUCUUAAAAAAAAUCGGAGACUUGGACUAUGUUAUUAAAACAGGGGACAGCACUAAGGUGGUCCAUGUAAAUCGGAUGAUGCUGUACCAUCACAGACAAAAACCAGACGACAGCAAGGAGCACCCCAUGUUAGCGGCAGUAUCAGGAGUGGUGGAGGCAGAAGAAGAAAACCAAGUAUCAGAAACAGAUGAGGAGGACUUGGAACCGGGUAUCCCAUUGGACACAAUAAAAACUCCCGACAUACUGGAGGAAACUAAGUUAAGUGAUAUCAAAAUAGGAGACACCCUGACAAAAACACAGCGGACGGACCUAAACAUAAUUAUCAAAGAGUACACGGCUGUAAUUAGCAACUUACCUGGAAAAACAAGUUUACUAGAACAUAAAAUAAAACUGACCAACACCAGAGCAAUAAGAACGAAACCCUACUGCAUACCGUACGCCCGAAGAGAGCUUAUGAAGAAAGAGAUGGACGAAAUGGAGAGACUGGGGAUAAUAGAGAGGUCCGACUCCGACUUCAGCGCACCUGUAGUACUAGUUAAGAAAAAAGAUGGGUCGACAAGGUUCUGUGUAGACUAUAAGAGACUUAACGCAGUCACAGUAUACGACGCGGAACCCAUCCCAGAUACAGAUGAGCUGUUCGCUAAAUUAAAUAGGGCAAAAUAUUUUACUAAACUCGACCUCACAAAAGGGUAUUGGCAGAUCCCCAUGCAAAAUGACAGCAAGAAACUCACCGCAUUUGUCACACCCUGGGGCCUAUUUCAGUUUAAUUACCUGCCCUUUGGCCUAUGCACGGCACCCGCCACAUUCGCCAGAGUAAUGCGAGUCGUAUUAAAAGACUUGGAAAAUGUGGUGUCAUUUUUUGAUGACAUCUGUAUCUACAGCGAGACAUGGGAGGAACACCUUAUGGCAAUAAAGGCGGUGUUCAAUAGAUUGAAGGACGCGGGCCUGACAUUAAGACCUGCCAAAUUAGAGCUAGGGUUUGAAAAAAUUAAUUUCCUAGGGCACGUAGUGGGGAGGGGGCUAUUGACACCAGAGAAAAACAAGGUAAACAAAAUAAUCUUAAACGUAGCAAUACCCACCACAAAGAAAGAGGUAAGAUCAUUAGUGGGUCUCAUAUGGUAUUAUGCUAAAUUUAUACCAGAAUUCAGCGAGGCCAACGCAAUACUGACAGGUUUGUUAGCAAAGGGUAAACCUGAAAAGGUCGCGUGGUCGGAUGAAUGUAACCGUGCUUUAAGACUGGUCCAGAAACACUUGAACUCAGAACCAUUUCUUAUUUUACCUAAUAUCAAUGAGCAAUUUAUCCUCAGGACCGACGCCUCGUCACGAGGUAUCGGGGCAGCCUUGAUGCAAAUGAGAAAUGGGGUCCUGAGACCAAAACACCUAUUCUAA